AUGGAUGACCGCGAUCGCUCGUGGGUGCCGCCUCCGCCAACGAUUCCGCUGCAGCAAGAUGCAUAUCAGCCCAUAUCGCCAUCUGAGUCCCGGACAGCACCAACAGACACAAAUAAUGUCGAAUCGGAUUUAUCACCGCUGCGCCACUUGCCGCAGCGAGAGACGCCGGCUCUGGGAAGAGAGUCUCAUGCACGCAUGCUACUCAAUCUGAGAGGAGAGCGAGUAUACAUUGGAGAGGCUGCGCCCAUAUCUUUUCUUCAAUUUGUCCGCGACAUCGUGGCAGCUCAGAUUGGUCCAUCCCAAUUUUCUCACAAUGAUCAGAGCGAAAACAUGCUUGAGAACGAGCCUGCAAUCAACGGCUCCAGUGCACCGACGCCAGGAUUGAUUGAGCUGGACAAUGUGCAGAGAAAGUCAUUUAUACAAGUAUUUUAUGCGGCCACGGGGGGGUUCUUGGAUUUGUUUUCCAGUGAGGAACUCGACCAGCUCGCCUCACUUUCAAGUGAAGAACGCUUUGACCAUGGUCGUCGCCACAUCGAAGCUGUCGCCUCAGCUGUCAUCGCAAUCGGGGCGCAAUGCAAAUCAUCGCUGGAGUCUCAACAAAUAAGCCAAGCGUACUUCCGGCACGCGCAGCGACAAGCGUUCUCAGGCAUGCUUGAGGACCCAAACACCAAUAUUGUACGAGUAUUUCUGCUCAUGGCGUAUUAUAUGCUCGGCUCGUGCAGGAGAAAUUCUGCAUUCAUGUAUCUGGGGAUCGCAUCACGCGCAGCGGUGUCGCUUGGUCUCCAUAGCAAGGACUCCUACGAAGGCAUGAACAGCGUGCACCGCAGUAAUCGAUUGAAACUAUGGAUGAGUCUCUGCAACAUGGACAUGACCGUGAGCUCAUUGCUUGGUCGACCUGCGGCAACAUCGGGUUUGCGAACUGAACUGGACGAAUCCCAUAUCGGCACCCUUGCCAAUCAUGAGGACCAAGACCUAGCAGCCCUUUUUGCUGUCUAUGGAAUUCUUUCGAUAACUACCGACGUGGUGGAGAAUCUAUACAGGAAAAAACUGCCCUCGGUGGCGCUGAUUGAACGAUCAUUUGCCAGGAUUGAAGACUGGAGUCGAUCGAUACCCAAAACCAUGCGCACCAGGCCGAAUCCAGCACCGCGUGGCGCACCCAAUCGUCAGGAUGUCUACAGAUUGCACAUUUCCUGUUUAUACUAUUUUGCUGUGACACUAGUCUCCCGGCCGAUUCUGAUCUCACAGCUCACUUCUCAGUCGAAUGCCUCAGCCAUUACGCUGUCUCCGCUGGCAUCGGCCUGCCUGGACGCGGCAGUCUUUCUCGUGCAGACCUGCACAGAUGCCAAAAAGUCGGAUAACUUGUUUGGAAGCCUGUGCAUCAUGAAGGCUCUGGUGUUUGCAGCGGGGCUGAUUCUCGGCUUCGACAUGUUUGCCAAGCGCGAACUCGACUUUGAAAUCGAAAAUGCCUUUACCGGCGCGAAAGAAAUACUCGGCUUCAUUGCUGAGCAGAGCUCGCAGGCAGCCCAUUACGCAGAAAUUCUGGGGCUGCUGUCCAGCGCAAUCGCGGAACAGCGCCGCAAAACAGCAUCGCAGGGCCGAAGUAAACUCGUCAGUCGCUUGUUUCCUUCUGAUGGAGGCGAUUCGGUUGGUAGAAGCGACGAUGCUCAAUUCCGACCGUCCGAGGGUGCGGCGCAGGCGGCUGUUGGCGAUCGUCUCAUGGCGGAUGGCACUGGUCAUUGGCUAUUUGGACAGCCGCCGACGAUAUCUGCUGAAAUGGAGAGUGACUUGAUAGGCGGAUGGGACGUGCUAGAUUUAUCGCAGUGGGACAACUUUCCAUUUCACAGUCCUAGGAAUUUUGCGAAUGACGGGUAG